GUAGGUCGACGCCGUGUGACUCCGGUCAGUUGCGCGCCGGUCGAGUGUGUGAAAGGAACUUGGGUGGAUCUUUCGGUGGUUUUUGUCGUGUAAUUGUAAAGUUUUUAUGCGAGUUUUAGGGUGAAAUAGUGUUCCGGGGUGUUCUUUCGAGAGGAAGCGCCCUUUGUUAAGGGUAAGGGUGAAGUGAGCUGUUGGUCCGAUUGACAAAAUGACGACCGACAUCUCGGUGGUUCGUGGGGGAUGGGACCCUACGCUUCAACAAGAGAUUGUCGACGAGUACGAAUAUGACGGAGGAAACUCGAGUUCAAGACUUUUCGAGCGCUCGCGCAUCAAGGCGUUGGCUGGUGAACGUGAGUCCGUGCAGAAGAAGACGUUUCAAAAAUGGGUGAACUCGCACCUUGUACGAUGCUCCUGUCGCAUCGGGGAUCUCUACGUAGAUCUUCGAGAUGGAAAGAUGCUGAUAAAGCUGCUGGAGAUACUCUCCGGAGAACGGUUGCCACGGCCGACGAAGGGAAAGAUGCGUAUCCAUUGCCUGGAGAAUGUUGACAAGGCACUGCAGUUCCUGAGGGAGCAACGAGUCCAUCUGGAAAAUAUGGGCUCACACGACAUCGUCGACGGCAACCCUAGAUUGAGUUUGGGCUUGAUUUGGACCAUUAUCCUGCGUUUCCAAAUUCAAGACAUCACAAUUGAAGAGACGGAUAACCAAGAAACUAAAUCAGCCAAGGAUGCGCUGUUACUUUGGUGUCAGAUGAAGACAGCUGGAUAUCAUAAUGUCAAUGUUAGGAAUUUCUCAACAUCCUGGCGCGACGGUUUGGCCUUUAAUGCCAUCAUUCACAAGCAUCGUCCUGACUUGAUCCAGUUCGAUAAACUCUCCAAAUCCAAUGCCAUUUAUAAUCUAAAUAAUGCUUUUAAUGUCGCGGAAGACAAACUUGGUCUCACCAAGCUUCUGGAUGCUGAGGACAUCUUCGUAGACCAUCCUGACGAGAAGUCCAUCAUCACCUAUGUGGUUACAUACUAUCAUUAUUUCUCGAAGAUGAAGCAGGAGACUGUACAGGGUAAGAGGAUCGGUAAGGUCGUUGGAAUUGCUAUGGAGAAUGAUCGCAUGAUACAUGAAUAUGAGAGUCUGACCAGCGACCUCUUACGCUGGAUCGAAGCGACUAUUGAAGCCCUUGGUGACAGACAUUUUGCCAAUUCCCUGGUCGGGGUGCAGUCGCAGCUAUCGCAAUUCUCGAACUACCGCACUGUGGAGAAGCCUCCGAAAUUCGUGGAGAAGGGUAAUCUGGAGGUGUUGCUCUUUACCCUUCAGUCGAAGAUGCGUGCGAAUAAUCAGAAGCCGUAUACACCUAAAGAGGGUAAAAUGAUCUCUGAUAUCAACAAAGCUUGGGAGCGAUUGGAAAAGGCCGAGCACGAGCGCGAAUUGGCCCUGCGCGAGGAGUUGAUACGCCAGGAGAAGCUUGAACAAUUGGCAGCGAGAUUUAACAGAAAAGCUAGCAUGCGUGAAACUUGGUUGUCCGAGAAUCAGCGAUUGGUGUCUCAGGAUAACUUUGGCUUCGAUUUGGCAGCUGUCGAAGCUGCUGCGAAGAAACACGAGGCCAUUGAGACCGAUAUCUUUGCCUAUGAAGAACGUGUUCAGGCGGUCAUGGCUGUCUCUCAGGAACUCGAGGCUGAGAACUAUCAUGACAUUGAGAGGAUCAACGCUCGUAAGGACAAUGUUCUUAGAUUAUGGAAUUACUUGCUGGAAUUGUUACGCGCUAGGAGGGUGAGACUUGAAAUGUCACUUCAGCUGCAACAGAACUUCCAGGAGAUGCUCUACAUCCUAGACAGUAUGGAAGAGAUUAAGUUGAGACUACUCACCGAUGAUUAUGGCAAGCAUUUGAUGGGGGUUGAGGAUCUUCUGCAGAAGCACUCGCUCGUCGAAGCUGAUAUUAAUGUCCUGGGUGAGAGGGUUAAGGCAGUCGUACAGCAAAGUCAAAGGUUUCUGGAACAGGGUGAAGGAUAUCGUCCUUGCGAUCCUACUAUCAUCGUGGAGAGAGUACAACAGCUUGAGGAUGCUUAUGCUGAGCUUGUUCGUCUCGCCGUUGAACGUCGUGCCAGGCUUGAGGAAUCCCGAAAGCUGUGGCAGUUCUAUUGGGACAUGGCCGACGAGGAGAACUGGAUCAAAGAGAAAGAACAGAUCGUCUCCACCAGCGAUAUUGGUCACGAUUUGACCACCAUUAAUCUUUUGUUAUCAAAACACAAAGCUUUGGAGAAUGAAAUACAAUCUCAUGAACCACAACUCAUGUCUGUCGCUGCUGUUGGUGAUGAGUUGGUAGGUCAGCAGCACUUUGGUUCUGACCGUAUCCAAGAGAGGCUACAGGAGAUCCUGGGAAUGUGGAAUCAUCUUUUGGACCUUGCUGCAUUUAGACGUAAGCGGCUGGAAGAGGCUGUGGAUUAUCAUCAGCUGUUCGCUGAUGCAGAUGAUAUUGACAUCUGGAUGCUGGAUACUCUGCGUCUCGUAUCGUCUGAAGAUGUCGGUAGGGACGAAGCUAACGUACAAUCCUUAUUGAAAAAGCACAAGGACGUUACGGAUGAGCUUAAGAACUAUGCUACCACCAUCGAGCAACUUCAUCAACAGGCAUCUCAAUUGGGCGAACAGGAUGCCAAAUCUCCAGAAGUCCUUGAGAGGCUCGCCUCUAUUGACUCCAGGUACAAGGAACUCCUGGAGCUUGCUAAAUUGCGAAAGCAGCGACUUCUCGACGCUUUGUCUCUCUACAAACUCUUUAGUGAAUCCGAUGGCGUCGAACAAUGGAUUGGUGAGAAGAACAGGAUGCUGGAUACCAUGGUUCCCGCUAAGGAUAUUGAAGAUGUCGAGAUCAUGAAGCACCGUUACGACGGUUUCGACAAGGAAAUGAAUGCUAACGCGUCACGUGUGGCAGUGGUUAACCAACUGGCUAGACAAUUGUUGCAUGUAGAACAUCCUAAUUCUGAGCAGAUAGUUACUCGUCAGAACCAACUGAACCAGCAAUGGGCUGAACUUCGCGAAAAAGCUGAAGGAAGACGCGAAGAGCUCAACUCCGCACAUGGUGUGCAGACGUUCCAUAUUGAGUGCCGCGAGACUGUAUCCUGGAUUGAGGACAAGAAACGUAUCCUUCAACAAACCGAUAGCCUGGAGAUGGACCUCACUGGUGUCAUGACACUUCAGCGUAGACUCAGUGGAAUGGAACGUGAUCUGGCAGCUAUACAAGCUAAGCUGGAUGCCCUUGAAAAGGAGGCACAGAUUAUUGAGCAGGAACAUCCUGAAGAGGCAGCUGUUAUCCGUGAGAGGAUCACGCAGAUACGUACUAUCUGGGAGCAGCUUACUCAGAUGCUCAAGGAACGCGAUGCGAAAUUGGAGGAAGCUGGUGAUCUCCAUAGAUUCCUUCGUGACCUGGAUCAUUUCCAGACAUGGCUUACCAAAACGCAAACUGAUGUCGCUAGCGAAGACACACCUACGAGUUUGGCUGAUGCUGAGAAGCUCCUGACCCAACAUCAAAAUAUCAAGGAGGAGAUUGACAAUUAUACUGAAGAUUAUCAGAAGAUGAUGGAGUACGGUGAGAGAUUGACCAGUGAAGCAGGCGAUGGCGAUACUCAGUACAUGUUCCUUAGGGAAAGAUUGAAUGCUUUGAAAAUGGGCUGGGAGGAAUUGCACCAGAUGUGGGCGAACCGUCAGAACUUGUUGUCGAACUCUUUGAAUCUUCAAGUAUUCGAUCGGGACGCACGCCAAGCCGAAGUAUUGCUUUCACAACAAGAGCAUAUCUUGGCUAAGGACGAGACACCUACUAACCUUGAACAAGCUGAGAAUAUGAUAAAACGUCAUGAAGCAUUCAUGACCACCAUGGAUGCCAACGACGAAAAGAUCAACUCUGUGACACAGUUCGCUGCAAGAUUGAUAAAUGAGGGUCACUUCGCCGCUGACAAGGUGAAGAAGAAGGCUGAGAAUAUAAACAAGCGUAGAAACAUCAACCGCGAAAAAGCUAAUCAGCUAAUGGACAAACUGAAGGAUCAACUGCAACUGCAGAUGUUCCUGCAAGAUUGCGAGGAACUUGGCGAAUGGGUACAGGAGAAACACAUCACUGCCCAGGAUGAGACUUACAGAAGCGCUAAAACUGUACAUAGCAAGUGGACUCGUCACCAGGCCUUUGAGGCUGAAAUUGCCAGUAACAAGGAUCGUCUUCAACAAUUACAACAAGCUGCCGAUGAACUCAUACAACAGAAACCUGAAUUGGCUGAUAUUAUCACACCUAAAGUUGUUGAGUUGGGCGAUCAAUUCGAAGAACUGGAAACAACUACUCACGACAAGGGUGAACGACUUUUCGAUGCUAACCGGGAAGUUCUCAUUCAUCAAACCUGCGAUGACAUUGACUCUUGGAUGAAUGAACUGGAAAAACAAAUUGAGAGCACUGACACCGGUACUGAUUUGGCUUCCGUCAAUAUUCUUAUGCAAAAGCAACAAAUGAUUGAAACUCAGAUGGCCGUCAAAGCACGCCAGGUCACCGAAUUGGACAAGCAGGCUGAGCAUCUUCAGCGUACUGUACCAGACGAUAAAAUGGAGGAGAUCAAGUGUAAGAAGGAGAAGGUGGCACAGAGAUUCGCCCAGCUGAAGGCACCACUGAUCGAUCGUCAAACUCAUUUGGAGAAGAAGAAGGAGGCUUUCCAAUUCAGACGCGAUGUCGAGGAUGAGAAGUUGUGGAUUGCUGAGAAAAUGCCACAGGCUACCAGUUCAGAAUAUGGAAAUUCACUGUUUAAUGUUCAUAUGCUUAAGAAGAAGAAUCAGUCGUUGCGUACCGAGAUUGAGAACCAUGAGCCUAGGAUCAAUUCCGUUUGUAAGAACGGUCAGAAAUUGAUCGAUGAAGGACACGAGGCAAGUUCUGAAUUCACCAAGCUCAUCUCGGACCUGUCAGAAAAAUGGCGCGAGCUUAAGGAUGCCGUCGACGAUAGAAACAAACAAUUGCUACAGAACGAGAAGGCACAGCAAUACUUCUUCGACGCUACUGAAGCUGAAUCUUGGAUGAGUGAACAGGAAUUGUACAUGAUGGUUGAAGAUCGUGGUAAGGAUGAGAUUUCUGCACAGAAUCUAAUGAAGAAACAUGAGUCUUUGGAGAAUGCUGUUGAGGAUUAUGCAGAUACCAUUCGUCAACUUGGCGAAACUGCUAGACAGCUGAUAAAUGAUCAACAUCCUUUAGCUGAUCAGAUUGCAGUCAAACAAUCACAGGUCGAUAAGCUGUACGCAGGAUUGAAAGAUCUAGCUGGUGAACGUCGUGCUAAAUUAGAUGAGGCUCUUCAACUGUUCAUGUUGAACAGGGAAGUGGAUGAUCUUGAACAGUGGAUAGCUGAAAGGGAAUUGGUAGCUGGUAGCCAUGAAUUGGGUCAGGAUUAUGAUCACGUUACACUUCUCUGGGAGAGAUUUAAGGAAUUCGCUCGUGAUACCGAAGCGAUAGGAUCAGAAAGAGUCGCAGCUGUAAAUGGAAUUGCUGAUUCACUGAUAGCAACAGGACAUUCUGAUGCAGCAACUAUUGCUGAAUGGAAGGAUGGUUUGAAUGAGGUCUGGCAGGAUCUCCUCGAAUUAAUUGAGACGCGUACUCAGAUGUUAGCUGCCAGUCGGGAGCUGCACAAAUUCUUCCACGAUUGCAAGGAUGUCCUUGGUCGAAUUCUUGAGAAACAAAACGCCAUGUCUGAUGAACUAGGACGCGAUGCUGGUUCUGUUUCCGCUCUUCAGAGGAAGCAUGCUAACUUCAUACAGGAUCUAUCCACUCUUCAGAGUCAGGUAGCUCAGAUUCAAGAGGAAUCUGCGAAAUUACAGGCAAGCUACGCCGGCGAUAAGGCUAAAGAGAUCACGAAUCGUGAAGCAGAAGUUGUCGCUGCCUGGAAUAAUCUUCAGUCGCUCUGUGAAGGCAGAAAAGCCAAACUUGAAGACACUGGCGAUCUGUUCCGGUUCUUUAACAUGGUCAGGACGUUGAUGAUCUGGAUGGACGAUGUUGUACGACAAAUGAACACGUCUGAGAAACCACGUGAUGUAUCCGGUGUUGAAUUGCUGAUGAACAAUCACCAGAGCCUCAAGGCCGAGAUUGAUACGAGGGAGGACAAUCUGAUGGCCUGCAUCGAUCUUGGCAAAGAUUUAUUAGCCAGGGAUCAUUAUGCCAGCGCACAGAUCAAGGAGAAGCUGUCCGCUCUGACUGAUCACAGGAAUGCUUUGUUACACCGCUGGGUGGAACGUUGGGAGAACUUGCAACUCAUAUUGGAGGUGUAUCAGUUUGCCAGGGAUGCCGCAGUGGCGGAAGCGUGGUUAAUAGCCCAAGAACCAUACCUAAUGAGUCAAGAGCUUGGUCAUACUAUCGACGAAGUUGAAAAUCUGAUCAAGAAACACGAGGCGUUUGAGAAAUCCGCAGCUGCACAGGAAGAGAGGUUCAGUGCCUUGGAAAGACUCACUACCCCUGAGAAGGUGCUUGGUAGUGAGUUCGUGAUGGGCAUGCCGGUGUCGGAAUUCAAUCCUACCCUUACCUUCGUCCCAGAGUAUCCUCCAAAAUCCUCGAUCUCGAUCACUAAACCAAAAAGGUAUAUCCGUCCGCAAGGAACUGUAGUACGCGAAAUUAUACUUGACUCGGAGCGUUUUUAUAAACCCGCCCGUCGCUAUAGGCGAGAGUUCACAACUACCGGAACGCGAAUUAAUUAUCCGGUUUACGUAAACGAUAAAGGUAACAAAUCGACGCAAUACAAAUCAUUCCUCUGGGAUUUCGAUUGGAAGAAUAGCGUUAGAAGUUCUCAGGGCUCUAACGUCAGUGCCCCUAUUACACCUUGCGAUGACGAAAUUUCUGUUUUCGAAGAGGAGAUUAUACUUCCAUGUGACGUAAAGACUUUGAGACGAAUAAAUACUAUUGCUGCUCGUAGACGAGAUAGUCCAAAAAUUGAAAAUCCAUUGCUUCCAAAGUGUUCAUAUUAUGAAUCAACUGAAGAAUAUUUCUCAGCUGAUGGUACUGAACCUCAGAAGUCAUUUAUUAAAUCUGAUAGUCUUAAUUCUAAUAGCCAAAAUAUAAAAAUCAAUAGCGUGCAUUCUAAGAAAGAGACAAAGUUUCCAUUGGUCUCAGACUUCAUAAAGACUGAAUGUGAACCAGAUGUUGAGGAGUUUGUGGAGCAGGAGCAUAAUCACAGUAACCAAAAUAUCUAUGAUGAAAAUACAGACAUGUACGAUAAUAUAUUUUGUCUAGCUAAGGAAGGAAGUUUGGAUUUGGAAAAUUCUAUACAUAAUAUCCGAAAAUUGCAUCACCAGAUCCGAGAACUAACAGAUGACCUGACACAGACUUCUCUAAAAAGUAGAACUCUAGAUCCUAAUAUGAAAUUUAUCAUGGCUGAGCGUGCUGUCUAUAGCAAUCCUAAAACUAAAUUUUUACCUCACUAUUCGACUUUACCAAAGUGUGAACAAGAGGAACAAGUAAUCUUAGAGCUACCAAAGAGUCUAUCGGAACAAAAAAUUGUAAAUAAAUUGGAUAUAUCUAAAGGUUUAGAUGUGAACAGAUCGAUAACUCCCUUAAUUCCAAUUCCUACUGUAGAAAAUCUCUCCUUGGAAACUGGUGAGGGAAACUUCGAACUGAAGGAGUUAAAGAGACGAGAACAGGAAAGAGAAGAAGAAGAGAGGCGUAAAAGAGAGGAAGCAGCAGCAGCAGAAGCUGCAAGACUCGCCAGGGCAACUCCAGUUACUAGUCCAGACGAACCACCGAGUGAAAAGGUCGAAGCCGAUGGGUCACCGAGCGGAGAGCAUGGAGCAGAAGACGAUUCUCACGUGGCACUACGCAAGGCUUCCACACGAACGCCGCAACCCCAAGAAAAGCCCAAGGAAGUGCAUGUUCAGAAGCCUGCACGAUUGUCGUCGCCGGAAGUGGCAUCAUCACAACCCGUUACACCGACAACUCCGAAAUCUCCAGUUUCCAUCCCGUCUACUCCAACAACUCCGAAGGGUGGAAGCGGCUCGGAAUCCGGUACAUUAAGACGCAGUAAGGAGCGCAGUCGCAGCAAAUCGCCAUUCCGAAGUUUCCGCUGGAAAAAAUCAGCCAAAUCGCCAAGCUUAGACCGCAGCGGUGUGAGCGAUGAUGAACAUAGUGUCUCUGAACAAAGAAGUCCAAGCGAUGACGAAUUCGAGGGUACCCUGGUGCGAAAGCACGAAUGGGAAAACACGACGAAGAAGGCUAGCAAUCGAUCCUGGGACAAAGUCUACAUGGUUGUACGCGGACAAAGUCUUGUCGCAUACAAAGAUCAGAAGUCGUACAAAUCUGCGCCUGAUCAACCUUACAAGGGUGAACCUCCACUUGAUCUUCGAGGAGCUACUGUCAUCGUGGCAAGCGAUUACACCAAGAAGAAACACGUCUUCCGAGUGAAGUCGCAAAGCGGAGCCGACUUCCUGUUCCAGGCCAAAGAUGACGCAGAAAUGCUAGAGUGGGUUUCAGCUUUAAAUCAGGCCGCACAGGGUACUUCGGGUGCGGGCACAUCCAGGGCACAUACUUUGCCAGCACCUACGCAAGCCGAGACCAAGCGGCGUAGUUUCUUCACUCUCAAGAAAAACUAAGUUGGAGCAGUGAAGUGAUGGUAAGCCGCCAGUAUGCGCCAGCGCAACAAGAAGUUAAAGAAAAACAAAGCAAAAGAAAAAAAAAAGUAAUGUUUCGUCGAUCUACAUGAUUAAAUCAAGGCUAAUCACUGAUCAAGAGAUUUAGAAGAUGGUGUCAUUUAGCCUGAAAUAAUAAAGGGGGACCAAUGGGAGUUAACGAAAAUCCAUUGACGUGUUUUUGAAUUUUAAAUUAUGGCGCGAAACAUAACGAACGUCAUUGGCGAGCAACGUGUCAAUUGGAUUCUCGGAGAUUUUCCCUUGGAUAUCCCGUCAUAAUGAAAUCGUCUAAAUUUUAGAAAGUCUUGCACUAUCGAUAAGAUAAAUAGUACCAAGGCGUUUACACUCGCCGUCCCAAGUCAGCGUCGUCGAAAUUUUUACUAUAAUUUUUCGACAACCCAAGGAUGUUUCUUGCGAUUGUCUGUUGAACUUUAAAUAAUUUUCAUAAGAGCUUGCGUGAAGUACGGCCACUUUAUAGGCAAUAUAAUUGUCGGGUUUCAACAUUGUAACAGACGAUUCCAAAGGGAUUUCAUUCGUUGAAACAAUUUAUUUUGUAUUCUGUAACUUUUUUUUCGUAUACAAGUUUUCGCGUCAUUGUAUUCAUGUUACUGUCCAAGUACUCAAUUUGUCUUGCGUCGAAUGAAUUUUUUCUCUUGUUAUCUCAAUAUUGAAUUUCAUUACGAUGCUUUACGACAGAUUGUAUGCAUCCUUUUUUAUUUACUAUAUAACGACCAAUUCAAACAUUGUAUUGUACAGGUAUUCUGUAUUUCAUUUGUUCCGUGCAGACUAUCGGGUUUGCGUUUUAACGACUGCCAUAUAUACUGCGUGUGUAUUUUAUUAAGGACUACGCUAAUUUGGGACGAUCUAAUCUAAUGAAAUAGCUUUUAACAAACGUUAAGGAUACCAUGAAUCUAAGAGAGAGAGAGAAAGAGAGAAAUGACGUCGAAGAAUAUAAUAAUGAACGAGCCGAGAUCACACUCGAGAGAAUAUUAAACGCUGUAAUAAUUAAAGAGAGUUUCCUCCUAUACGAUCCCAACUAUAAUAUAAUUCUUCGAAAACGAUAAGAGUAACUAUUUAAUUCUUUAGACCUUUGCAAACUUACACGGUUUUAUCAAAUUGGACAAAUGAGCUAAAAUACGCUCCCGAUUUCUUGUUUGACUAAAACGAUAAAAGCAAGCAAGAAAAAUGAAGUAAUAAAUAAAUAAAAGAUAAAUUGUCCUUACCGACACAUUCGCGCAUGCGCAUUGCAGUAUAAGCCUGGCGUGAAAUUUUUUUUCGAGAGUCGCAAAACUUGGUCGCGCCCGAUAUGGACCUGUGCAAGUGACGUAGCAUACGAACUAUAUUAUUUUCCUAAUUGUUACUUUUAUAAUAUUUAUCCGAGUUCAUUUUGUUUAAUUUUUCUUUGCUUUUGUUUUUUUUCGCCCCUCUUAGUAUGUAAGAUCCACACUUUGAGAUUUCACGCGAAAGAGAGACAAAGAAAAAUAUCGACUAUCCCGAUCUUCAAUAGGCAGCUUUGAGGCUACGAUGCUUUCUAUUUAAGAGAUUUUCUCGUACUUUCCUUUUCUUUGCUCUUUGAGCGAACGCGACUUGUAUCGAUACACACGCAGCAGCAGCAACAAUCAAUAUCACUUAAAAUUUCCUAAAAAAGUUGAUUCGUAAGGUCACCUUAAAGUGUCAUCGAUUUAUAUCAUUUGAAUACAAAUAAAGAAUGGAAUAUAUGCACGAGGGACUUGUAUAUACAAAAUUAACAAGACGCUCGCGAUGAGAAUCUUGAUCUCUACGUUGAAAGUAAAAAAAAAAGAGCAAAGAAUAAGUCUAAAGCUCAUGCAACGAGUAUUUGGUUGACGGAGAAAAGAAAUGAAGGAAAAUUUGCGACAUUCACACCAAGUCCUUUAUUUCUUAAUUGUUUUUGGUUUUCGUUAGAACUACAAAAAACGCUGAGUCGCGUCGCUAAACUGAAUUACAAACUGAUAUAAUGUCGCUCUGUGUUUUUUUAUAUAAAUAUAUAAAUAUAAAAAAAUUAAUAAAGAGGAUAAAUAAGUUA